GGUAGAAAAACAGUAACCUGGACGCAUUCGGGCAAUUCACUUAUUGUCUUGUAAAAAAUGCUUGCUAGCGCCGUUCGGUCCUACCGGGGCUACAGCUCAUUGCUGGCCGCUGCUGCUCUCACUGGAUCGGCGCUUGCUGCGACCGUCCACGCAGAUGCCAGCAAGAACUCCUCUAAGACUGCGCUGGACCCCAACGAGUUCCGCGAGUUUAAGCUGAAGGAGAAGAAGCAGCUGACGCGCAACACCUACCUGUACCGGUUCGAGCUGCCGGAGGGCCAGACCUCGGGCAUCUACACGGCCUCAUGCCUGGUCACCCGCGCCAUGCUCAAGUCCAAGCCCGAGGACGAGAAGCCCAAGCCGGUGGUGCGACCCUACACGCCCACCUCCGCCCCGGACGCCCGGGGCUACCUGGACCUAGUGGUCAAGGUGUACGACAAGGGAGUGAUGUCGAAGCACAUCGACAGCCUCAAGGUCGGCGACACGCUGGAGAUGAAGGGCCCCAUCAAGAAGUACCCCUACGAGCCCAACUGCAAGAAGCACAUCGGCAUGGUGGCGGGCGGCACCGGCAUCGCACCCAUGCUGCAGGUGAUUGACGCCAUCCUGUCCAACCCCGAGGACAAGACCCAGAUCUCCCUGGUGUACGCCAACAUGAGCGAGGCGGACAUCAUCCUCAAGGACCAGCUGGACAAGCUGGCGGCCGCGCACCCGCAGCAGUUCCGCGUCUACUACGUGGUUGACAAGCCCAACUGGGGCGGCCUGUUCUGGCGCGGCGGGGUGGGCUACGUCACCCGAGACAUGCUGGCGGCGCGGCUGCCGGCGCCGGGGCGCGACUCGCUGGUGAUGGUGUGCGGCCCGCCGGGCAUGAUGACGGCGGUCAGCGGCAACAAGGCACCCAACUUCUCGCAGGGUGAGGUGACGGGUCUGCUCAAGGAGCUCGGCUACGACUCCUCCAAUGUGUACAAGUUCUGAGGGGGGCGUGCGUGAAGGAGGCCGCAACCGCCAUGCCAGCAGCAGCAGUCGUUACAUGGGCAUGCAUGCGUGCGUGGGUCUUUGCCGCGCGGUGAGACAGGGCAUGGCAGCGGCAGCGGGGUUCCCAGCGCGUGGGGGGGCUGCUGGUCCGCCCUGCACGGCUGCAUGGGGCCGCUGCAAAGGGAGGCAGAGCGCGAUGCGGCUGCCCCUGCUUUGCCCCCCAGCUGCGACGAGGGGGGUGCUCGGGGUGUGGCCCCCGGGUGAGCCGCACCCCAUGUGCAGGUGGACGGGUCGGCGUUGGGGGCUAGGCGCCUGGGGACUGCAGUGGGCGGGUGCGGGCCCCGUGUGCACCUGCUCGUGCGCGCAUGUACCCGGGUAGCAUGGCAUGACAUCUGCAGGGGGGAGGGGCUGGGAGGUGAUGUCCGGCCUGGAAAGGCUGUGACGCGCGCGUGCCGCAGCCUCAGCAUGCGUCGCACAUGGUAGGGUGGCAUGGUGGCAUGCAAGCAGGCUGGCAGGCUGGCAGGCUGGCAGGGGCACUGCUGGGUGUUGGGGUAGCACGCGGGGCGCUGCUGGUGGCCCCUGGUGCAUGGCGGGGUGGAGGCAUUGCCCCUGGGGCGCAUUGCGCAUUGCGGGGGCAGGAUAGCUGGGUGCCAGUGCGGCAGCGCGGUGUGGCUUGUCUGCAGUGGGAGGACGGAUGAGACGCGGAGGGGAGCAGGUGAACUGAGCCGCGGAAACACUGACCCCGAUCGUAGUUCUCGCGGAAAGGAGGAACAGGCGGUACUGUGUGGGCUCAGUGUACGACAUGGCAACCACCCGCAUGUAAGUCAGGAG